UUGUGGACAAGUCUUUGUCUCUUUGAAAAUUCUCAGGACCUUGGAACUUGCUUCCCCAUGGAACCCAAGAGACACCCUUCUAGCAAAUUUCCUGAGUCAGGAUCCUCGCUUCCAACUAUGGGGAAAAACCUACAGGGCGCAGUUCGAGGGGGGCUGAGAACCCUGUACCUGCACCUUCUCUCACUGCAAGAGGGGAUUCUGAAUUGGUAUUUAUGUCUGAAGCAGAUUCAGUGGGACCUCCUGUGCUGGAUCCAUGCUUCCUUGGAGCUAACCAUAGACUUCUUCUUCUGUUGGGCACAAAAUGUCCUCCUAGCUUCCAUGAUGCUCCUGCUGUUAGCAUGGCAAAUUCACAGUGGAGCCAAGGAAUAUGGCUGGAGAUCAUUCCUACAAAGGCUGGUCCUGGAAAAGCAGCUUGCCCAGAGGAUUUCACUACUGAAAAGCUACUACUGGAAUCUGGAGAACCUCCUAAUUCACUUAACUUGGACCUCAGUUAGUUGCUUCACCUGGAUUGUGUCCUGCAUUGUUCAGGCCCUGGAAACCAGCUACAAGCAGGCUGCCCAGAUGGCCAGAGACCAGACUGAAGAAGACAAAAAGGAAACAGCAGGACCACUCAUGAUGACCCCUCAUUCAGCUCUUCUCGCAAGGCAGGAAUUGCUGAUCUAGCUGGCAUUCACUAAACAUUGCUGGAGGAUAUCUUAAGAGCAUUGUGCUUUUUUUUUUCUGGGGUCAGAGUGAGAUAGGAUAGGUGGCUUCAGCAGUGUGCAUAGUGUGAUGCAUUUGGGGUUUGAUUUCAGUGCCCUAACCUAAAGCAUAUUUUCCAAUUCUUGAAUCAGAUUUUGGAGAAGGGCACUAUCAACUUGUAGCGAUGCCUCUUCGAACCUGGCAGACAAACAGUUGACAACCACAAUUUUGCUUUUCUCCUUGUUUCCUCUUCCAUUGUGCUAUUUCCUUUCAGAGUAGGUAACAUUAUGCAACCCAUAGUAAGGGAAGAAGAAAUAGUAAGCCAAAGGAAUUAAAACCUGUGCUUUGAUAGCUGACUUCAGUUUGUACCAAUAUUGUUCACCAGCAAAUCAUCCUUCCACUAUACUGUAUCUCUAUAUAGCUUCAUCCAUUGAGUUUUGUUCUUAAACUUUCUCUUCGAUCUCUCUGGGGAUAUCCAUUCCAGCUACAACCUUAGUCUUCCCCUACCUCUUGAUCCAUUCAUGUUGCUUUCACAAAUUUUCUUAAUAUGUUUUGUAAAUUGAUUCUCAUUUAUAAUAUCAACACCAUGCAGGAAUUUCAGGCAAUUGAUGCAUAUAUUCUUGACUUCUGCCUAUAGUUAUGAAUUCUCAUGAAAUUUGUUUUCUAUUCUAAAUCUCGCAUUUAUCACAUGGCUUUGUAGGAUUGAAGUAUAUUGAAAAAUA